AUUUAUAUUGAUAUACUAUAAUUAUAUGGGUUGCUCAAAAAGAAACCCAUUCUAUGAAUUCCAUGAGAUCAUUAAUCUCUAUCACGACACCUAUAGAAUAUUUUGAAAAGAAAUCAACUCUUUGUAGUAUGUUAUUUUUGUAGAGGCUAACAAAAUCACCAAAUGAAUAGAACUAAAAUACAGAAAUUAUUUAAAUUUAAAAUCUAUAAUUGAGCUUAUUGAAAUGCAAGUUGAGAUUAAUAAAUCCCACAUUAUAAAUUGAAAAUUUGGAACAAUAAAAAUUAACUAAAUUCUUUCAUCAAAUUUGCCUAAUAAGCUUAUUUUUUAGAAUUAGUUGUUCAGAUAACAAAUAAAUAAGUUAUUGAAGCAAUUAAUUGAAAAAUCUGAUUUUCUAGAAAUAGAGAGAAUAUUGAAUUUAUCAUAUCAAAAAUGGCC